AGAACUGCAAGAAAAAAAUUCAGUAGAAUAAAACUCAAAAGAAGCCAACACACCAUGCCACCAAACUCUUAUCAGACUUCAAAAGAACGUCAAAAGUAAGCCAGGCGAAGCUUAUUGGGCGGUGAGUUCUGAGCGAUUGUGACGUCACCCUUAGCAACAGCCCCGGAGGCUCGCGUCCUAGCAACGGUCCCGCCCCCUUCCAUUCAUACAUUUUCUUUGCUUCCCCAGGAGUUCUUUUCCUUUCCUUCUCUCCCUUGACUUGGAGGAAACCAGUCCCUUAGCUUUGCAUUGAUGGGGAAGGAAAGUGGCUGGCAGGGAAAUGGGGCAAGCAUUUUUUUUAAGUUUUGAAGUCAAGUGAACAAAGGAAGCAAAGGAUGUGACAGCCACUUCCAAACCUCCAUAGACCAUCACAGUCUACCUGGCUUUUGCUUGGGCCUGAAUAUGUUGGACACCAUCCAGACUGCAAUCCUGGAAGGAGGCAGGAAUGUGUUCCUUACACUUCCCAAACUCACUUCGGAGGAGAUCCUUGGCAUCUGGGACACUGUUUCUGGGUUUGUUGAAAAGCAGCUCUCCAUGAAUAAGGGUGUCUUAAUACCAGGGCUGGGGACAUUUUCCUUCUUCAGACAAAAGUUUGAAGUUGGAGGUUGCAAGCCCCGCAUCAUACAGCGGCCUGUUUUCCUUCUAUCUGAGAAACUUGCACAGGUCCAUGGACUGAAGAUGAAUAAAAUACACACUCCAGGUGAUAUCCCAAUUGUUCAUCUGAAUUUCAUUGUGUUGUCCUUGGAGGGCCCGUUUAACAGGGAGAUUGUGGAAGGAUGCAUCCGAGAGACACUCUUGUCUUUCUCACGGUCUAUUGCCACCAAGCAGCCGGUUGAGUUCACCUUCAAAGGAAUUGGCGUUUUGAUCGUUCGGGACAACAAGGUGAAGAUGAAGUUUUACAAAGACUUCCUGCAGGCCAUGGAUGGAAGUGGGCGUCUUCUCAAAGCUCUUUCAAAUAGGCCUGGGACAGGAGAUUCAGUGUUGUCAGGCGGUGAUGCUUCUUCUCCACGUUCACGCUCCAAUAACAUUGUUGUGUUUCCAAGGAUUGAAGCAAAAGAGAUGGAAACCAUCACUGAAGAAGGUGAAAUGCCCAGCAAAGAAAAGGACCAGUCAGAGAAAGAGAACAGCAAAAAAGGUUGA